UGUGUUUUGGUUAUGUCAUAAUGACAGAGAAUGGAAUAAACGUCUUGACAUGCGAUACACGUGAUUCUAACUGUACGUUGUAAUUAACGAUAAAUUUAAACUGAUAGUCACGCACGAACGGGGUAUAUGUCAAAUUAUAUAUUUUGAGAUAGCACCGUUAAUGGUCGUUAAUCACAAUGUUAUCAGUAACGAUAUUCCAGCGGAUUCUGUCUGGUAAAAUGACGCCCUGUUUGAGUCGUUUGUUAUUCUUAAGACAGGUAAACAAAUUCUCUGAUUCCGCUGCUACGAAAAACGACAGUAACAAUAUAUCGAAUAUCGGUAAACCACAAAAUGAACAUGCUACAAGCGAUGUCGAAUCUUCCUUGGGUGAGGAGAACGUUUCUCGCCUUCUGAAGGAAGCUGCCACAUACACCGAUGUCAAGGAUACAAAUUGGACAACGAGCCCUUAUCCGGCUGAUGCUCCUACCUCCGUCGAGGAAGAAGUCAAGCCGAAGAUUAAUCCAUUAGAUACUUGCAUUGUGCUCUUUCCAGGACAGGGUACCAUAAAAGUCGGCAUGGUGCAGAAAUACUUGCGCUUUCCACAGGCUAGAGAAUUAUUUGAGAUGGCCAACGAGAUUCUGGAUUACAAUCUGUUGAAUCUCUGCUUACAUGGUCCACAGGAGAAGCUGGAUCAGACUCGUUUUAAUCAGCCAGCCACAGUGGUGAGUUCACUGGCUGCACUGGAGCAACUUCGAGAGGAAAGGCCCAGGGUAUUCGAAACAUGUAAAGCAGUUGCAGGCUAUAGUGUAGGAGAACUGACCGCCCUGAUCUUCUCAGGCGCUUUAUCCUUUGAGAAUGGAAUCAGACUGGUUUCUGUAAGAGGUGCCGCAAUGCAGUAUGCUUCUGAUAAAUGCCCUCAAGGAAUGUUGUCGGUCCAUUGUACUCCACAAGCUUCAUUAUUACAGGCAUGUAAGGAUGCUGAGAAAUGGGCACAAGAUUGUGGUGUAGAGAUGCCAGUUUGUCAGGUGGCAGUAUAUUUGUACACUCAAUCAAAGAUUUUGGCUGGGAAUACUCAGGCUCUUCAGUACAUAGAAGAGAACGCAAAGAAGUACGGACUUUCCAAGUUAACUAGGCUACCAGUAUCGGGCGCAUUCCACUCAAAAUUAAUGAAACCUGCGCUCAAGUCCUUCGAGAAGAUGCUUCAUACGUUAGAAUUCGACGAUUUCAGAUGUCACGUCUAUUCCAAUUACAAAGCGUAUCCGUACGGCAAUACGGCAUUAAUCAGAAAAUACUUGCUUAAGCAAAUUAUGUCGUCUGUGAAGUGGGAACAGUGCAUGCAGAUGCUGUACAACAGACCCAUGGGAACCGCCUUCCCGCGAACAUUUGACGUGGGAUCAGGAGGAAGAAUGUCAACAAUCUUAAAGUUAAUUAAUUUAAAGGCACAUGAACAUUGUAUAACCGUCUAAUCUCUUUUAUAUUUCUUGACAAUACCAAACAGAAGUCUGAAUGUUUGACAUUAUUUUGUACAUACUUGUUGAUUAGCUUUAUUAUUCCAACUGUGACGUGAAGAAAUAA